AUGACUUCAGUCACCACUCUAUUCACCCAAAUCCAAAACUUCUUCUCCCUAGAAACGCUCGACACCAGACUCUCCCCAUCUUCCAACUCCCAACAAAAACGUCAAUCAAUCAUCAAAAAAGCCAAUCCAGAAUCAAGAUGGAAAACCCUCGAAUUCAGAAUAUACAUCGUAAUCGUAAUAUUAGCCGUUCCAUCCAUGUUCAAAGCGGCAAUGGAAGCUCUGAAUGAAACAAACCCAAAUUAUCCCAGAUUUCAACAUUUAUUAAGUGAUGGUUGGAUCUGGGGACGAAAAGUUGAUAAUUCAGAUCAACAGUAUCGAUUCUUUAGAAAUAAUUUACCUUUGUUGGCAGUAUUGGUGAUUAUUCAUGUUGGAAUUAGGAGGUUGAUAAAUGGAAUUGCAAGUACCAAAAAGAGAACAUAUUUUGAUUUUGGAUUUGGGAUAUUGUUUUUGAUUGGUGCUCAUGGUGUUAAUGUGUUGAAGAUUUGUGUACAUCUAACGGUGAAUUAUUGUAUUUCGAGAUUUAUCCCUGAUAAGAAGGUUGCGGUUUGGUCAACUUGGAUAUAUGGAGUUUCUACAUUGUUUAUAAAUCAUUGGUGGGGAUCGUAUCCUUUUGGAAUGGAGAUUUUAGAUCUUGGAUUUAAAGGUAUCAUAGCUAGAUGGGACGUAUUUUAUAAUUUCACCUUAUUGAGGAUGCUUUCAUUCAAUCUUGAUUAUUUAGAAAGAAAAACAACAAUUAACAACUUACAGCCACAACAACUCGAGACAAAAGAAGCAACCAGUUCCUCACUCGUUAAUCUUGAAGAUAGACAAAGAUUAACAGCACCAUUACCCAUCGAAGACUAUAACCCCAUAAAUUACAUAGCAUACAUAACCUAUAUCCCCUUAUUCCUAGCUGGGCCAAUCAUAACCUUCAACGAUUACAUCUAUCAAUCCAACUACGACCAAUUGAAAUCCGUCCAAAACUACUAUCGCAUCUUCCAAUAUUUCAUUCGAUUCUGCUUUUGUGUAUUGGUUAUGGAAAUCUUAUUACAUUUCACUUAUGUCGUUGCCGUUUCCAAAACUAAAGCAUGGGAUAACGAUACUCCAUUCCAAUUAUCGAUGUUAGGAAUGUUUAAUCUAAACAUCAUCUGGUUGAAAUUAUUAAUUCCAUGGAGAAUGUUUCGAUUAUGGGCAUUAUUAGAUGGGAUUGAUCCACCGGAGAAUAUGAUUAGAUGUAUGGAUAAUAAUUUCCUGGCUUUGGCGUUUUGGAGAGCAUGGCAUAGAUCGUAUAAUAGAUGGGUUAUUCGAUAUAUCUAUAUUCCAUUAGGCGGAGGUGGGAAAUAUCGGAUUUUGAAUAGUUUGUUGGUAUUCAGUUUUGUUGCCAUUUGGCAUGAUAUCGAAUUGAGACUAUUGAUGUGGGGAUGGUUGAUUGUUGUAUUUUUAACUCCUGAGAUUAUUGCCACUAGUUAUUUCAAAAGGUUUUCGGAAGCUUGGUGGUAUAGAUAUUUAUGUGGAUUAGGAGCGGUUGUUAAUAUUUGGAUGAUGAUGAUUGCCAACCUUGUUGGGUUUUGUUUGGGGAAAGAUGGGACUUUAAAGUUGUUACAUGAUUUGUUUAAGACUUGGGAUGGAUUUAGAUUCUUCUUGUUGUCUUGCAGUGCGUUGUUUGUUGCUAGUCAAGUGAUGUUUGAAUUGAGAGAAGGUGAGAAAAGAAAAGGUAUCGAUGUGAGGUGUUAA